AUGCGAGCAAGAGAGGACGGAGACACCGCGUCGGCCGCGCUGCACCCGGACGUGCAGACGAAGGCGCGGAAGGAGCUGGACAGAGUGGUAGGGCGUGAGACUGACGUUCGAAGACCGACCGCGUUUAUGCUCAAUGCGUUCCGUUGGCGGCUCGUCAGCGUCGGCGGGUUCACCCACCGUGCGACGCGUGAGGUCGUCUGGAGCGGGUAUAGGAUUCCGAAGGGCGCGGCUGUUAUUGCAAACCAUUUCCCCUCAAAUUACUCGUUGCCUAUCCAAAGCGUCGAAACAGAUGGAUGA